AAUCAUUCAUUUUCGGAAAAUGGACACCUAAAUUUACGGUCUAAUAAUAUAUUUAAAAAUAAAAUCAACAGAACAUCCUAAAAAUGUCCGAUACUCACCAGAGCAGUCUGCUAUCGGGCAUUCAAGCCGUCCGGCUCUUCUGGUCAGUCCACAACGAACGACGUCGUUCGAGUCAGGUGAGCCAACUAACGCAACGCAGCCGAAGUUCAUCCGACGACGUUUGUUCCGAUGUGGUGGCGGCGGCAGCGGCCGAAGAUCAAGAUCCGGUCAAGGUGGAAUCGAAAAUAUGCCGAAUCUGUCGCGCCGGGGACGAUUCACUGGUGGACAAUCUUUGCAACUGCAAGGGAAGCAUCGGACAUAUUCACGAGCGCUGCCUGCGGCUGUGGACCGUCUACCGGCGCAGUCAGGUGUGCGAGAUCUGUCACUGCAAGUUCCGCUGGGAGUUGGACAGCAAUCUGUCGGUUAAGUCGAGCGAUUGGCGAUUAAUAGGAAACUUUUUUCGUCGGCGCUAUUUUUGGGUGUUGCUUCGAGAUUUACUUAAUUUUGCCGUUCUGUUCGGCAUUUCUGCACUGCAAAAUGCCAACAUUGUCAGCAUGGUUCAGGAAGAACGGGAGCACGGUUUUACGGCGGUUCUGCCACUGGCUUUGGUUUGUGCUUCCUGUUACGACAUGUUCUUCACCCGGUGGGUGGUCAACCGGACCCUGAAGGCGUACAACCUGGUACGGGAGUACUGGACCAUGGCUCACGAUGACGAAUUUCUCGGUUACUUCGACGAAGAUUUUGCCGUCUACGGAGAAAAUCAAAUGGAAAUCGAAAACAUGCUGCUGGCGGAGUACGAAGCUCCCGAUUAGUGUGGAAGGUGCGAAAGGAUUAACGGCCGGCUUGGGUUGAUGUAAUCGAACGCUCGAAGGGCGAGUUCCUUCUGGAAGUCACUGUCGCCGCUGCAUUCAAGCAUAUCUACGCGAUGGGAGUGUUGAAAAUUUGCGGUUGUCGGGAGCCGCACGGAACUCGGGAGCCUGAAGUGACAAAUUUAUGACAUAGAGUUAAUGGAUUUCUAUGGUAGCCGGAAUCGAAUAUACGGCAAAUGGGACUAUGCUAUGUCUAUGUCUCUGAGCAAUAUAGUCCUAACCGAAGGUUUAUUUCGAAAUUUUCGAAUGGAUACAAGCGGCACUCCCCUUUUAAGCAAAUGAACUUUAUUCAUUUUCCAAACCUCUGAUGUUUGCGGUUUUUCCGGCGCACGGGCGCGCGUUCUCACAGCUUACAUAUUCAUAAAAGUUUGCCGGGCAAAGUAUGCACCAUGUUUGUCGGAAUUUCCAUUAAUUUCCCCUGUACUCCGGGGAUGGCAGCGGUAAACGUUACAGUCAACCGGUGUAUUAUUCCUUCAUCUUGAAUAGCAAUCUGGUGAAGUGGAUGUGCUGCGAGUAGCUCAGAACGGUUUCCGGAAUCGUCAAAGGUCAAGUAGCUGAACGGGAACAAAAAAAAAAAUGCUUCCAGCAAUUAUGCGCUGUAAUAACUAUUCAAAGCAGAAGAAUAAACUCCGUAAUUGGAUGUGGGCACAGCAACAA